AAUAGUAAUUUGUUAUAUAUGCUGAAAGUUUCACUAUAUCCUGACAGUAAAAAAAUCAGGUUCCCCUGACUUCUAGCCGAGAACGAGAAGAGAACUUUGGGUUGGAGGCUUGAAGAUAGUUGAUAGAUGAGUCUCAUUCCUAGCAUCAAUAUUUCAGAAGCUGGGAAUCAGACAGACAAAAAACAAAAAACAAAUUAUUAUUAUUAUUAGGCUAUAUAUGUAUAUUUUUAAAUUAUUAUUUUAUGAUUAUGACAUUUAAAGGGCUAUCUUUUAAUGUCCUACAUCAGGAAUGUGAGGGGGCGGGGGUAAAGGUAGAAGAGGAAGAGAGAGACGAUGAAGAGCGGUAGCAGUGAAACCUGUACUGUUCCCCUAUGUAGCAGUCCAGCAGCCUGUUGAUUUGGAUGUGACUGUCGGCCGUCGCGUUUAAUGAAUCAUUCCUUUUUAGGUUUUAGAUCGUCUCCUGUCCGCAGCGUCAUGUCCUCCUUAUCCUCCCUGUGUGGAUCAUCGCAGACAGGCGCAGACUGGAGGAGCCACACAGCAUCAGCAUCAUCAUCACCAUCAUCAGCAUCAUCAGCAUCAUGCCUCCAUCAGCCCGCCGCCUCCUGCUGCUGACGGAUAAAACACCGAUGAGAGGUAAAUAAAGGUACCGUCAGGCCCCGGGGCGGUAUCGGUGUCUGUGUGCAGGGAUGAAGGGCCUGCGGACCCCGACAGUAAGGGUCUGCUGAUAUUUAGCGGCAUUGUGAAGAAAGGCAUCGUUACAGCUGGCAGGAAUCUCUGGACAGUGCUGUGGCUUCCUGAUGCAUCUGCCCAGCCACCAUGCAGUGUUGUUGGAAGUCCAUGGUGCUGCUAGCAUUAGCCUCCAUAGCCAUCCAGUACACAGCCAUCCGCACCUUUUCCACCAAAUCUUUGGGCCUGGCACUCACGGGCCACGCCGUCAACUGCAGCCUCAAAGAUCUGACACGACUGGGCCAGGAGACACUCGAGGGUUCGGACCAAGGCUGUGAUGAGAUCCUCUCCCACACCUCUUCCUCCUCCCCCUCUGUCUCCCUCCCCUCCGACAGUGCAAACAAGAGAACCCACAUUCUCAUUCUGGCCACCACACGGAGCGGAUCCUCCUUCGUGGGUCAGCUGUUUAACCAACAUCCAGAGGUCUUCUACCUGUUUGAGCCUCUGUACCAUGUCCAGUUAGCUGUGCUUCCUCGGCUGGCACAGAGUCGGAACCUGGCUGAGAGGAGGGUGAUGCUGGGAGCGGCCAGAGACCUGUUGAGGUCCCUGUACCACUGUCACCUCAACAGUCUGGAAAGUUACAUACGGCCCCGUCCUGCCAACCACUCCACAGACAAGCUGUUCAGACGAGGAGCUAGCCGGUCUCUGUGCUCCCCCCCUGUAUGUGAGGCUCCUCUGGGUCGAGAGGUGCAGAGCCUGGUGCUGGCUGAUGAGGGGGAGUGUGCGAGGAGGUGUGGGCCGCUCAAUGUGUCACUGGCUGCUGAUGCCUGUAGAGCAAUGCGCCACGCAGCCAUCAAGACGGUCCGGAUUCCCCAAAUCAGUGACCUCAGAGCGCUGAUUGAGGACCCAAGACUCAACCUCAAGGUGGUCCAGCUUGUUCGAGAUCCCCGCGGCAUCCUGGCAUCUCGUAUUGAGACAUUUCGAGACACUUACCGGCUGUGGCGUCUGUGGAGGGCGACUGGUCGGCGACCCCACAACCUGGACCUGGGACAGAUUAACACAGUGUGUGAGGACUUCCUCAGGUCUGUGUCCACGGGCCUGGCCAGACCUGCCUGGCUCAGAGGGCGCUACAUUCUGCUUAGGUAUGAGGACUUGGCCAGGUUUCCUCUCCAGAAGACCAGGGAGCUCUACAGCUUCCUCGGCCUGGUUCUGCACCGCAGUGUGGAGGAUUGGAUCAUCAACAACACCCGGGGCAGCAGUGAUCUGUCAUCCCGGCAGAAGUUCACCACAGUUCGGGACUCUGCUGCUAAUGCGGAGAACUGGAGGGUGAAGCUGUCCUUCGACAUGGUGGUUCACACUCAGACUGUUUGCCAACCGCUUUUCAAGCUCCUCGGAUACAAGACAGUCUUCCACCCUAGAGAACUGAGAAACCUCUCGCACUCUCUGGUGGAGGACAGAACGUUCCACCCAUUUUUUUAAACAACUGCUGACAUUCAUACAUCCAAUGUGGGUUUAAGAAACCAGCAACACAAGACAGUAAUGUAGUUUGUGGAGUAGCGGUUAUAUAGUUAGAAGUGUUUGAACGACUGAUCCAGAUAUCGUCGUUGCGUCUGUGGUGGAAAAAACUGUCCAUCCAUCUGUUUAAAACUCAUCUCAGUCAUCUCCACCUGUUACCAGAUCUAUCUAUCUAUCUAUCUAUCUAUCUAUCUAUCUAUCUAUCUAUCUAUCUAUCUAUCUAUCUAUCUAUCUAUCUAUCUAUCUCAACUACCUCAGUUCUGGUCCUUCUGCCCCUGAAGUAACAUGUGACAUAUUUAACCCACAUUGUGAUUACAAAUGCAGUACAACUUCAUAAUUUAAAGCUCAUUAGUGUGUGUAGAGGGAGCGGGUCCUCUUAUACAGAGUCCGCCAUGUUGAACCUUAAUGUUUCUACAGUAGUCCAGGACAAACAGGUCUCUAGAUAUGGCAUUUCAUGUUUUAAUUUUUACGAGUUCCAUGGCCACUGUAGUUUCUCCUGUACACUUGGAAUGGGAGGGUGAGGCAAAAGUAUUGCAAUUGGCAACUACACCGCUAGAUGCCACUAAAUUCCUCAAAUUGGUCCUUUAAGGGGUCACUAUGUUUAAAUCAAACUCAAGCAUUUUUAAACUACUUUGUGUAGAUUUACAUUCUAGUUUUAUAGCACCAUGUUUCAUCAUGUGGACUUUUUGACAACAUGUAUAAUAGUUUUCAUGUUAUAACAAGGUAUUUUCAAGUAAUAAUUACAUAUUUUUCUUGCUAUUACAACAGGACGAAUUAUUAUGCUAUAAUUUCAACUUCAGAUGUUAUGGUUUGUUGUGCAGCUAAACACAGGUUAAAUUAGGAUCUGUUAUAUUGGGUGGGGCUCCGUGGUUUCAGGGUUGCCAUGGGCGCAUGUGUGUGCACAUAGGGUACAAAAUAUAAUUGACACGAUUUUACAAACUGUCAAUUAAAUUUAACAAUUUGCUCUGUGUCCAAUAACAGUUGAGCAAUCCCUGCCCAAAAUGCUGAUGUGGUGAACAAGUUAUUGUUUCUCCUGUGUGUCCCUGAAGGUACCAUCAGCAGCAAACCAGAUUUGGACCUGGGUCAGGCGCUCCUACAGGAUUAAAGCCCAGUCUCAGUUUUGCUCUGGCUCUCUCUCAUUCUAAUCUUGCUCACCUUCUCAGCUUUUGUUUGAUUUCUUUGUUUUCACUUGACAACAUUUACAUCUCAUAUUGCUCACACCUCCACAUUUACAUUACUGAUGUUACUGACUGACACACCCACAUUUGUACUUAUUACCUCAGUUGUUUAGGUCACUAUAAUAAAUUCACUACUUUCUCGCCAUCUAUUGUGUCCUUCUCCAUAUUUGUCAUGGCCUAGGUGCUGGGUAAUGACAAUCAGGAAAUGGUCAAAUUAGCCUGCAUUAUCUAGUUAUGUGUAAUUGUAAUUUACGUUGCUCUGAUAUUCUGCUGCUGAGAGAUUUAAAUACUUGCUAGCUUAUUUGACAGUUUAAUUCAAACUAGAGCUAGUUGAUUGUCGAGUCUCCUUCCCAAGUUGUCAUAUAUUGGUGCUUUAGUAACCAAAGAGUCAGUAUUUGACGAACUGGAGAUGAGAUUCAACAACCAACGUCCUCGGCUCUAAAAAGUUGUUUUCAUUUUGUACCUAGUGUCAACAUAUUUCAUGUCUUUAUUCACAUUCUUACAUUGCCUUUAAAUUAAGACUUUGAUUGAUACCUCCGCCUUUUCUCAUCCAAAGCAGGAAAUCUUUAUCAAAUAAAACCAUGUAAACCGACUUAAAAAUGUAUUACAAAUGUUUCUUGGUUUAAAAAGAUGUUCACUUUGUGUAAUAACAAGUAAGUUUUGUGACAAAAGAAGAUAAAAUGAUAUUCUAUUUUAAAGGUUCAGUGUGUAACAUUAAGGAGGAUCUUGGCAAAAAUGUAAUAAUUUUAAUAAUAAUAAUUAAUGAUAAUAAUUCAUGUAUAAUAAGUUCUGAAAAUAAGAAUCAUUUGUUGUCUUAAAAUUAGCUGUUUUUAUCUACAAAGUGAGUUGGUCCUCUUUGACGGAGUCUGCCAUGUUGAAUUUUUCUACAGUAGCAUGUAACGGACAAACACAUACUGGCUGUAGAUUGGACCCUUCACCUCUUUCGUAAGUUUUGUCGCCGCUGUAGUUUACAAUUUGCAACUUCACCACUAGAUGCCGCGUGAUACACACUGGCCCUUUAAGUUGAGAAGUUUAAUGUAAAAAUUUAAUAAUUUGGUACAUAGCAAAAGCAAUAAAAAUGUAAUUAUUUGUCAUUAA